CGGCUCCGUAAUAUUCGAAGCCUCAGGGUGAAAUUUUGGUGACUGAGAGCUGCUCAUGGUGGCCGUUUGGUUCUGAUGAUUCCAUCAUUUACGUGGAAUUCUCCUAAAUUGGUGAUCUCUCCUCCUCUUGAUUCCCGAUUGCGUGCCCUGGUUUCGUUUUUACUCCCAGCUCCGAUCUGUUGGCAAAGAUCUAGGGUUUCUAGGUUUAUUGCUGCAUAAAAGAAGAUCUUUUUAAGCCAAAUGAUUGCCAGUUUGGACGUUUAUCUUGCAGCAUAAAAGAAGAUUAAUGUGGAGAGAGACUGUUAAGCAAUUUUUUUCUGAAGAAACAUUUACAGGAAGUUAGCCCUCCAGCGACACCCUGACAAGAACAAGUCCAUAGGGGCAGACAGUGCUUUCAAGCUCAUGUCUGAUAAGAAUUGGAAAAUGGAAUAUGACCAGUUGAGAAAUGUUAAUGGUUUUCGAAACCAAGGUUCUCAACCGAAUGGAGAUCAUUCUGUUCGUAGUUCUGCCAUUGGUUUCUGCUCAUUUUCCCACACCACAUUGUCCAAUAAAGGGCCUCAAAAUAGCAACAGUUCAAUUUGAACAGAUUUUGGACAUCAUGCGAUUAUUGAAGAAUGCAGUAUGAAUACUCUAUGAUUUUCUUUAAUCACAAUCUUUUAUGUCCCAAUUGCCAUCAAGCCUUCGUGGCUAUUGAGCCUGGAAUUCCAGGUAAUGCAGCAAAUUCUUCUAUUUCUUGGUUAGCUAAGCGAUGCCCACAGAAUUUGAACCAUAAUUACAUUGCUGAAAAUUGCUGGUUUCAAAGCGGGCCCAAAGGAGGUUAAUAGGAUCACAAAAGAAGAGAUGUUUCAAUUUUCGCAUCAGGUACCUUCUUAUUUGCUUACGGGUGAAGAAGCUCAUAAUGCUCUGAAGGCCUGCUUUGAAUUGGACCCAUCCACAACUCAUGUUGAUCUGAUUUGGAAAUUUUAUAAGGCACAUGAUGAACCUUUGGCAUCAAACAUAGUGGACUUGUUGCAAAAUGAAGUCUCAGUGAGCUUCAAAACUCCAUUUCAUCAUCCCAGGGUAGUUGGGCUAUUCACGAAUCUUAUAUGACAGUUGAUUCUUAUCCCAAUAUAUAUGGAGGUUGUUGCUGGAAUAGCAAUCAAUUUUUGGAGACCAUAUUAUCUUGUUAGAACCUGAUUUCCAUCUUUACCUUUGAAGGUCGAACUUCCUAUGCCCUUAAAGGAUUCUACACGCAUGCGACUGUCUUCUGCUGGAAUUAUGUCUGCGAAUCAAGUCCGACACCUUUUGAGGUUAAUCAUGAACUCCUCUUGGCAUCAACAAUUUCUUGGCUACUUUCUUCUGAUGAACAGAUUGUCGGAUUAGCCAAAAAUAAAUAGAAGGAGAAAAAAAGGUCCUAAAUAGGUAGAGUAUAUGAUAGAGAUGGCACACAAUAGCUACUACAUUUAUUGAUACUGACAUGAAUGAGUAGCCACAAUUAACAGGAUUAGGCAACAACUGAAAUAUGAGACAUGAUGCUAGUGAUAGCUACAGUGAAGGAAGAAGGAACUAGUAGCUGUCUUGCUGCUUUAGCUCAGCCUCUCGGGUGGUGGUGGAGUCUCGGACAGAUUCUUUUCUUUAGUAUCAAGGUGCUGGAUCUGUCCAACUACACGAUCAUAUGGAGGGUUCUGCGGAUUUGGACCUGAUGGAACCUGUCGCUGAAUUGGAAGUAGACCUUGCAUCUCAUCAUCAUGUUUUCUGGUAACAUCGAUGGUGCCAGAGGCUAUUUGCAGAUGCUUGACAGGAAAGGCAGUCUGGCUUGUAUCUUCAGCAACAUGCCUGCUACUCUUUUCGAGUCUUCUUCCCAUUGCAUCGCCUGCAGACACGGCCAGAAGAAAUGCUAGAAUAUAAAUGACUUCUCUUUGCUCCAUACCUCUGGUAUGUUGAGUUUUAGAUGGAUCCAUAUGAAUGAGUUCCUGGUCUUUUUAUAGGCCCCUAAAUGUGGAGGGAAGUAUAUAGAUUCAGGAAACCAUGUGUCUUUUUUCUUAUAACCCUAGCAAACUUGUUGUCAUCUACUUUAAUUAGGUAACAAUCUCUUUCUGUGUACUUUAAAAAGCUCUUAUUGCCCUUCUGAUCAGGUUGGCUAGCACUUCAGGUGUCACCCAAAUCAAUCACUUUCUGAUCAUAUGUGGGAGUGGCCAACGUCAAGUAGGAGACAUGAGCACACAUCAUUACUUGCCAAGUGGUUGGCUAGCACUUCAGGUGUCACCCAAAUCAAUCACUUUCUGAUCAUAUGUGGAAGUGGUCAACGUCAAGUAGGAGACGUGAGCACACAUCAUUACUUUCCAAGUGUUGUAGAUUGGCACCAUUUGAUUCUUAAAAGAACUAUGUAGGAUCUGAAGAUAUGACAAUAGCAGGGGAUCCUUGAUUCCUGGAGCUGUACUCUAUUGGAAAACAACUCUUUUCCAAUGAUCUGUUGGAGGUGCUGUCAUCAGAUCAGCAAGCUUCUGCAGAAGCUUGAUAUGAUGCAAGCUUAAUAAAGACUCCAAUAAUCUGAACUAGCAAAAGAUUCAGAGAUGGACUUCCAAUUGGUAGACCAUAUAUCUAGAGCAAGCCAUGGAGAAGAGCUGAGAAAGAAGAGGACACAGUCACAACAACAGAUGAAUGGUGUCCAUAGCACAAGUGCUGCAUACAGGCACAAAGCUUACCUCAAACAGAACAGGGUGAUGGUAAUGGACAAUGCUACUGGGUGCUAAUGUUCAACAGAGACAUGAGAUGAAGAGACAAUGAUGGUUUGGACCCAUAUUAUGGAGACGCUGCUUCCCUCCAUCACAUCCAGUCUGUCUAUAUGGAGUAGAUGAGGUAGCCUGCCUACUAAAGAUUGGUUGGAUGUCAGAAUCUUCACAAUCUUUAGCCAAAGCAUAAGAACUCUAUGGCAGGCAAACAGCAACCUGACAUGCCUCAAGCACACCUCCUAAUUCUGAGCACAGUGACUCCUGGUCAAUCAAUGAAACCUUGUUCAGUGAAACCAACAUACUACAAAUCCCAGGCUGCAGCAUCCCAUCAUUAAUCACCAGCAUCAUAUUUAAUCAGCAGUAACCAUCAUUCCUGAUGUAACUUUGCUUCUUGGACAAAGUGAUAUGGAGUCCUGGGGAUUAGGAGGCCAACCCUACCUACUAUUCAUCAACAAGGAGAUUUUAAUUGGCUGUGGUUGGUUCCAUGCCAGUAGCCAACCCCAACCAAGUGAAACUGAAACAUGAAGAAGAUUUUGAGCUCUCAAACAUGGUUGGUGUACGAUCCUUCAACCCCACCAACCAGCUCAGCACGAUCCGUUGGCACGCAAGAACCAUCACCUCCAUCAUCUCUGGUUGCUCAGGUUGCUCAUCAGAUUCCUCAGCUGUCAAAGAUGGUUGCAGAGACCAGGGAGAUGUUUGAACUCAGCGUGAGGCAAGGGGAAGUAACGCUUGUUCCCCCAGCGGAAGAGACGCAGAAGGGCCUCUACUUCCUCACCAACCUCGACCAGAACAUUGCAGUCAUAGUGCAGACCAUAUACUGCUUCAGGUCGUCGGAGAAGGGGAAUGAGAAGGCUGGGGAGGUGAUAAAGGAGGCUUUGGCGAAGGUCCUCGUUCAUUACUACCCGCUCGCCGGCCGGCUUACGAUCAGCAACGAGGGGAAGCUCAUCGUGGAUUGCACCGGAGAAGGUGCGGUGUUCGUCGAGGCCGACGCAGACUGUGAGAUGGCGGACAUCGGUGACAUCGCCAAGCCCGACCCCAACACACUUGGGAAGCUCGUUUACAACGUUCCUGGUGCCAAGAACAUACUGGAGAUACCUCCACUGGCGGCUCAGGUCACAAGGUUUAGAUGCGGGGGAUUCAUCCUUGGGUUGGCCAUGAACCACUGCAUGUUCGACGGCCUCGGAGCAAUGGAGUUCGUCAACUCGUGGGGCGAAACGGCGCGAGGGCAGCCGGUGUCGGUGCCGCCCUUCAUCGACCGCACCAUCCUCAAGCCACGAGAACCCCCCGUCAUCAGUUUCCCCCACCACGAGUUCGCUGAGAUCGAAGACGUCUCUGACGUCGUGACCGUGUACCAGGAAGAGAUGCUGUACAGAUCCUUCUGCUUCGACCCCGAGAAGCUCGGGCGCGUCAAGAGGAGUGCCAUGGACGACGGGGCCCUGGACAAGUGCACCACUUUCGAGGCGCUCUCCGGACUGGUCUGGCGAGCCCGGACGGAGGCGCUGCUGCUGCAGCCCGGCCAGCAGACCAAGCUCUUGUUCGCGGUCGACGGGCGGUCGCGAUUCGACCCUCCGCUGCCGGAGGGGUACUUCGGCAACGGCAUCGUACUCACCAAUUCCCUGUGCACCGCGGGAGAGCUUCUGGCUCGCCCGCUCUCCUUCGCCGUCGGACUGGUCCAGGACGCAGUCAAGAUGGUCACCGACGAGUACAUGAGAUCCGCCAUGGACUACUUCGAGGCGACGAGGGCGAGGCCUUCUCUGACUGCUACUCUACUGAUCACGACUUGGUCAAGACUGUCCUUCCACACCACGGACUUCGGGUGGGGGGAGCCGGUUCAGUCCGGGCCGGUGACUCUCCCUCAGAAGGAGGUCAUCCUGUUCCUGUCGCAUGGGAAGGAGAGGAAGAGCAUCAAUGUGCUCCUGGGGCUCCCAAACUCAGCAAUGGCGAGGUUCCAAGAGCUCAUGGAGAUAUAGGAAGUCAUGGAGGACGGGUCUUCUACGUUCAUGGAUGUCUGUUUCCGUAGUAACUAUACGUUUAUGCAUUCAUAAUUGUUUCAUCAUUGUGUCAGAUGUGCUAUUGUGGGAAAAACUAUAAUAAGAUGGCGAAUUAUUAUUCUUAUUCUAUUUCA